CUCACUUCAAUCUCCAGUCCAGCCAUACUGUGUGUAUCUCAGCCUUACACAGUACUCCAAUGGUACUCUGGUUCAAUCAUCCAAUGAUCCAACAUGGCAAUGUUUCACCUCUGACGCGAUCGGCCACACCGUUCCAACAUGAAACACCGGCGCCCCCUAUCUGACCGGCUGGGGAAUCCCCUCCCUCAUCUCGCUUCUUGAUGAGGCCCGUUCUCAUUGCCAAUCAAUCCAGCGACAAAAGCCAAUGCCCAGCCUGAAGGCGCCGGCGACGCGCUGGAAUGGGGACGAACUGCGGGUUCAUGCAGCGACUUCACAUCACACCGAAUUCCCCCAAUCACCGCCGCUGCUGAUUAUUCACUGCCUCGUAUUGUGCUCCCUUUAUCUCGACCUUCCAAUUCCCUUCAGCUUUCUUCUCCCAUCCAUGCCCGCCUGCUCGCCAUCAUGGGUUUAUUGAGCCGACUUCGCCGGCGUUCCAAGAGCCAUAGCCGCGCCGGGAAUGUGGCCACCUACGAGCACCUCUGCGUCGACUCCCACCACUCCUCCGGUCCCGACGCCACCAAGAAGCUCCCGCGCCCGCUCCUCGCCCGCAUCUUCGCCUACGUCUGUCCACACACCGUUGAUAACAGCUAUGAUACUUCCGAGGAGUCCAUGACCGAGGAUGGCUGCAUGCUCUGUGACAUGCGCGACCUGGCCCACUGUGCCGUCGUGUGCAAGCGCUGGUAUCUAGAGGCUCGAGCGUUGCUGUAUUCCCACGUCCGCAUCGAUGCCGUUCAUUAUUGCGAACUCGAGGUCGAACUCGCCGCCAAACGAAAACGUCGCUCCUUCUUUGACCGCAAUGGCGAGGCCAUCGACGCCCCACAAGUCCGCCUGCGCCUGUUCAUGCAGACCGUUCGAGAUUCCCGAGACCUGGGCAGCAUGGUGCUCUCCCUACGGAUGCCAUACAUGACACGCGAGGCGAGCAAGGCGGAAAUCGCUCGCACCAUUUCCGUUACACCCAACCUGCGAUACGUCGACCUGCCGUCCGGGAUAUACAGCGACGACGCGUCGUGUCUGGCGUUGAAACAGGAGAUCAUCGGUCGGUGUCCGGAUCUGCGUCGCAUGACCUACCGUCACGGCGCCGAGGGCAGCUUCUCGCAGCUGCCCGAGUCCCGUCUCUGGAUGAACCUGGAGGUCCUGGAGCUCUCGCGCUUGCACGUCGAGCCGCGUGUGCUCCGCCUGGGACUGGCCUCGUUUCCGAACCUCCGCGAGGUGACCUUGGAAGACCUGCCCUGGCUCGAUGACUCGACCUUUGCCCUCUCCGAUGUUCUUCCCCCUUUCCCGGCCGUCCAGCGGCUCAUUCUACGUGAUACCCCGAACGUCACGGCAAGCGGGCUUGCCGGAAUUCUUUCUCUGCCUCGGAAUCGUAAGGCGUUGCAGUCUCUCACACUAUCGGCGACGGGGGUUCUGCCAUCCACGCUGCACCAGAUUCUCUCUGCGGCCCCACAGCUGCACGGCCUGCUCGUGAUCCAGGACGUGACACGAUCGUUUCCUACCGAACAAGUGCCACCACUGUGCUCGCGCUCGCUGAAACUCCUGCACUACGAGAUCACCUCGCCGGCGGGGUCCUGCGGUCUCGCUCCGGUUGCAGCAUCUUACUACACAUAUUUGAUUGCGUCUCUUAUGUCCAACAAUCUCCCGGCUCUGCGGGAUCUCUACGUGCGCGACGCCAGCUUCCCGGAGACUCUGCUCCUGGCACCACCCCCACGCCUCUUCGGCGGCGGCGAAAGCGGACCGCAGUUCUUCAGCGGAGGGAUCUCCCAACCACUGAACGUAUACAGCAAAGGAUUGGACGAGCUGGAAUGGAACUUCACGCCGUACGAGCCGCCGUCGACGCGCGGACGACGCGACAGUACAACACGGCCGGUGAGUUUCCACGACGCGCAGCUGAGUCGGUCGUGGGGCGGCGACGCGCGCAAGAGCGUGCUGGUGGGCAACGGGUUUGGCGGGUUCCUGGCCGUGCCGGUGGAUGAUGGACGACCGAAGAGUAGUGGGGGAUGGCGACGGGACAGUCGACAAGAUUUAUGGCGGUAGCCAUCCCAGAUGGGGUUGAGAUAUGAUAAUGACUUGCGUGUUCAUAUUUAUAUUGUUCAUGUUUACCAUGCACGUAUCUACUGGUACCGUAUAUCCAUACAAUAUUCAGAUUGACCUAUCCU